AUGGAAGAGAACCUGAAGAGCCAGGCAUCUGAAGUAAGGGAAGCUCUGAGUAGCAGGAUCAGCAAGAUACUUGGGAAUUCAUCUGAAAUGGGUGUCCUGAAAGAUGGGCAAGUGGUAACUAAGCUGUUGCAUAAAGCUAGAAUGAGAAUAUUGGUGCACCUCCAGAUUUGCUUGGCAAUGCCAGAUGACACUACAUUUACCAAUACAUCAAUUUCGGAAUAUGAAAUUGAUCGGGCCACACUAACUAUUGCCCAUGCAAUGGUCAAUCCCAAUCAAAAAAAGAUUUGGAGAGAUGAUGGCUUUGUGGUGCCAGAGGGUGGGGGUGAAUUUGGGGCUGGUAGGAUUACUGUGUCACCUGCAUAUUUCAUGCAAAGACAAGAGCGAUUGAUAGAUCCUCUUGUAACAUUGGAGUCUUACAACUCAAAGGAGGUCCAAAAAUGGCUAGAAGCUUUAACAACAUCAGAACUUCUAUGGAACUCCAUUACUGCAGCAGUGGCACCAGAACUUUUUGAAUCAGGCACUUCUGCAUUUUCCAAGGUUGUCAAGGAGGUUCGGCAGCAAAAAAAUAAUUUGGCUCUGGUAGAUUCUUGGCCCUCUAUCUUUUCAGGGUUGGAAAUCAUUGCCAACUGA